AUGGGAACGAAGGCAGCCAACCGGCGCGGCGGCUUCCGCUCCGCCCUGACGGAGGCGAGGACUCUGGCAGCGCCUGGGGUUCCGGCGGGUCUGCGGGCUGCGGGCCGCGAUGCUGAAGGCCAAGAUCCUCUUCGUGGGGCCCUGCGAGAGUGGAAAAACUGUUUUGGCCAACUUCCUGACAGAAUCUUCUGACAUCACCGAAUACAACCCAACCCAAGGAGUGAGGAUCCUGGAAUUUGAGAACCCACACGUUACAAGCAACGACAAAAGCACGGGGUGUGAAUUUGAGCUCUGGGACUGUGGUGGCGAUCCAAAGUUCGAGUCUUGCUGGCCAGCCCUGAUGAAGGACUCUCACGGGGUGGUGGUCGUCUUCAAUGCUGACAUCCCAGGCCACCUGAAGGAAAUUGAGAUGUGGUAUUCCUGCUUCGUCCAGCAGCAGUUUUUACAGGACACUCAAUGUCUGUUAAUUGCACACCACAAACCAGGCUCUGGAAGUGACAAAGGAAACCUGGCUUUGGCGCCACCCUUGAACAAGCUGAAGCUGGUGCACUCAAAUCUUGAGGAUGACCCAGAAGACAUCAGAAUGGAGUUCAUAAAGUAUUUAAGAAGCAUAAUCAACUCAGUGUCUGAGAGCAGAGACCGGGAGGAGAUGUCAAUUAUCACCUAACCGGCCUUCACCUAGACGCUUCUGCAUCCCAAAUGAAGUCAAUUUCAGUGCAGAUCUGAAAUCCAUCCACCUGCUAAGGUUCUCAUCUCCCUUUGGCUGUAGAAGACAUUUUCCUUAUUUAGCCAAAGGUAACAGUCAGCCAGGGAGUUGACUCAUACCAUCUAUUCUCUGUCCUCAGUUCAGCUGAGAAACUCCUGUUAUUGAAUUCUGAUACCUCUGCCCCAGAUCUCUCCAGAGAGCUGGAAAACUGAGGUGGGUUUUUUUACCCCUUCACAUUAUGCCAUACUGUAAAAGUUGUGGAAUUGUAACUGUCAUAGCCCAGUGAUAGCAACAGUAGUUUAAUCCACGUACAUUGGUUUAAAUGUGAUUUUCAUUCCUUAAUCUGUACAACUUGCCUAGGAUAUUCUUGAAAAAUAUUAGCAUUUAACCUCUGCAAGAUUUUAUUUUUAUUUAGAUGUCCUUGAUAUCUGGAUACCGUAUCACACUGGAAGUUGGAAUACAUAUAUAUCUUCUAAAAACGUU